AUGGCGGUUGUUAUAUUAGGAAAUACAGGAAUCUUUCCAACAAGUUAAAAAUUUGUGGGUGUAGAAAGGAGCUUUGAAACAAAGUUAUUCUAAUAAAUGGUGUUUAGUGUUUUAUAUCCAUAGCAUUAUGGACAGUUAGCGAGAUUUAUUUGCUUCUAUAAAAAUAGUACUUUAUCUCAUAACAAUAUAGCGGUAGGAGACCGCAUUUAUUUACGAAAUAGUUUUUCAAUAAUAAGUGCGAUAUUACUUUAGCGGUUUGAUUGUUUAUGUAAAUUAUGAUGUAUUUAUUCUGUUAAUAUUUUUUGUAUAACAAGAUUACGUCGAGAUGUGUUUGUGAACGUUUUCCCUCUAAAAUGGAUGAAUCUGAGGAGUUCAAUACGCUAACCUUCGAAAAGAAACUUUCUCAGUUGAAAGAUACUCAGGAGAGUAUCCAGUCAUUAUCUUCUUGGUGCUUGAAACAACGUGAUCAUCACAAAAAGAUUGUUUCGAGCUGGUUGAAUGUUUUGAAGCGGGUUAAAGUGGAGCAAAGAUUAGUGCUGUUCUAUCUAGCAAAUGAUGUGAUCCAAUAUAGUAAAAGAAAGAAUUAUAAAUUCGUUGAGAGUUGGGGAUUAAAUUUACAGAAAGCAACACCUCUGGUCAGGGAUGAAAAGGUUCGGCCGAAAAUAUUAAGAAUAUUUAAAAUUUGGGAACAAAGAUCGGUUUAUGAUGAUGAGUUCUUAUCGGAUUUGACUGGGCUGCUGAGUGCAGGACCUGGUAAAAAGGCUGAUGAUGAUCCUCUGGAUUUUCAACCACAGCAAUUAGUGAACAAAAUAAAGCAAUGCACAGUACUGGAGGCUGAUACAGAUUUAAGGUUGAAAUAUAUACAUGAGAAUCAUUUACAACUCUCAGAUUCUGACGCAUUACGAGCUAGUCUUAAGGAUAGAAGUAAUAAAGAUGAUGUUGAGAAAGAACUAAACGAAGGUAUUGCCUGUGUAGAAAGGUACACACAAGCUUUACAAAGAGAGAUAGUGGCUAGAGAGGCGUUGUUAGCUCUUCUCACUUCAGCGGAUCAUUACUACUCUACGCAGCGUGGGGAAGUCAAAGUUGUUGCUUAUGCAUACAAAACAUUUGGUGCCCGUGUCCGUGCAUUGAAACGCAAAUUGGACGAGCUUAUCCCCACAUUACCCAGUGCGGUGCCUUCACCUCCGCAGAGGGAUGAGGAUGUUCCCUCUCCGGGACCUGAUGAGGACUUGGAUCUUCCUAACAAUACUGGAUCUGGAGAUGAUGACAUAUCAUACAAUAUUGACCGAACAUUCAACACAUCGUUGGCAGCUGAUGGAUCUUUAUACAAUUUGGGACUAUCAUCGUUUUUAACAACAGAGAAUCCUUUGGCACUUUUUAAUAAAACUGAUGAAAUUAAUAAUUCGAACAAAAUAGAAGUUAUAAACAACAGGUCUAGUGAAAAGCAAGAUUUCAAUAUAAGUGACUUUUUGAAGACAUUAGCACCAAAUGAGACAAAUAUAAAUACUACAGACAAUAAUACAGCAGUGAACACAACAAUAUCUCAAAAGUCUCAAGAAGCGUUGCCCGGCUUGGACCUCCUGACACCGGAGAGUACGGGCAACCCACCUCCGACAUCAUUCUACGGUACUAAUGUUGAAAUUGUACACGAUGAUACAGAACCAAGUUUCCAACGAGAGCCUGCCAAUGCAGCUUGGAACACCAACACUUGGGUACCACGAACAAGUCCACUGAUGCUUCGCGGAAUGUUCGCGGACACGCCGGAGUCCCCGCCGCCCGCGCCACUACCGCCACCGCCCAUACCCAACAUGCCCACUAUGCCCAGCAUGCCCACUAUCCCCGGCAUGCCCACGCUCGCCAUGCCCACGCCGCCCACGCCGCCCACCAUGCCCACUAUACCUACGAUACCAGUGAUGACUGUACGAACAGAUACCUACAGUCAGGACGCGACGCCAACAGACGUAGACCACAGAGCACUGCCACCUCCACCUCCACCUCCCGUACUACCCUUACUCACACAUAUAGAGGACAUCGACCAUAGACUGCUGACCGCGCCCCCCGCACCCCCCGCACCUCACGCACCCCCCGCACCUCCUGUCACCACGGCAGCACGUCAUGUCGCCUCACAUCAAGAUGUGGACCAUAGGAAUUUAAUAUCACUGACACAUCAGCUGGCGACAACAAACACACAUCCUGUUAAAGAUCAAGACUACCGCGUGCCGCCAAUAACCGCGCCCAGCGACAUCGUGGAGAGUGUAGACAUGGAUCUGUCUGAAGACGAGGAUCUUCAAGGGCUGUACCCAGCACAGGCGAAUGCUGAACACGUCAGACGACAAAGUUUCAACAAUAACAAAGUUCUUGUUGGAGGUGAUAAUGGAAAAGUUAACAUCAACGAACAGAAUAAUCAUAAUCUAAUACCAAUACAUCACAGAAGAGAUAGAGAGGAACACAAUUUUAAUAUGCCACCACCGAAACCAUUCAACACAAACCGAGAACAAGAAGAAUUUGAUGAAAUGUUUGAAGAUGAUAUAAGACAUCGUGGUAUAGAAAUGAGUAUGGAAAGAAGGAAUCCUUCACCACCAGAGUUUCAGAAUGAUUGGCCUCAACCGAGACCGCCAAUAAACCAACGUUUCCCAAGAAAUUGGACACCUAGGAAUAAUUUCAGGCCAUUUACACCUCAGUUCUGGCCUAGGAAUGGUCCUAGGCCGAUGAAUAGAUGGCCUGGACCUGGACCUAGGCCUCAAAGAUUUUGGUGAUGUGCAGUGUUGUGAAGUGAUGGUGUUAUAUAUACAAUGCUACUUCACAGUAGUUAUAUAUUAAAUAGUUUUAUUGAGACAUUUCUUCUUUCUAUAAAA